AUGUCUCCCGCCACCAGAGAGCUCCUGGGCCGCGUGCGCCAGCUGGUGCCGCCCAUGCUGGACAAGUUUCACAAAGGACAGCAGGGCCGCAUAGGAGUUAUCGGCGGCAGCGAGGAUUACACGGGUGCACCGUACUUUUCGGCCAUGGCGAGCGCGAGAUUGGGAUGUGAUAUGUCCCACGUUAUCUGUACUCCCGGCGCCGCCUCCGUGAUCAAGACUUACUCCCCAAACCUCAUGGUCCACCCCCUCAUGCGACAAUCCCCAUCCCCUAACACGUCCGACGAAUCUUCCACCACCGACUCCGCAGACACCGUCGCCUCUCCCAUCAUAGACAUGCUCGCCCGGCUCCACGUGCUCGUCGUGGGGCCGGGCCUGGGCCGCGACCCGCUGAUGCAAGACACCGUGGCCAAGGUCAUCAGCGCGGCGCGGGAGAAGAACACGCCCGUGGUGCUGGACGCGGACGCGCUAUUCGUCGUGCAAAAGCGGCCAGAGAUCGUGAAGGGGUACAAGCUGGCCGUGCUGACGCCCAACGUGGUGGAGUUUGGCAGGCUGUGCAAGGCGCUGGGGCUCGAGGAGGACGAGGAGGACGAGGAAAAGAACAAAAAAGAGACCGCCAAGGUUGAGGCCCUCGCUCGCGCGCUAGGCGGCGUGACGGUCGUGCAGAAAGGGUUUCACGACUUUGUCAGCGAUGGGGAGACGACACUGGUUGUCGACCUGGAGGGCGGGAAGAAGAGGAGCGGUGGGCAGGGGGACACGCUGACGGGGUCGGUCGCGACGUUCCUGGGCUGGAGGCAGGCGUACCUGGAGGGGCUGUGGGAUCACGGGGGAAAGUUGGACAAAGGGGAGCUGGUGCAGCUUGCAGCCUUUGGGGGAUGUGCUAUUACAAGGGCAUCUUCUCGCCAGGCCUUUGAGAAGAAGGGCCGCAGUCUCCAGGCGAGCGACCUCACGGACGAGGUCCACAUCGCCUUCCUCAAGCUUUUCGGGGAGGACGAGCCGGACGUGGGCAGCUUGAAGUUAUAG